CCCAAUGUUUUUGGACAUAUGAAUUCCACUUGUCAUCAAAAGAAUUCUUCCCUUCUCUCUCUCUCUCUUUCUCUCAAAUAUACACAUUCACUUUCCUAGUUCCCUUUUAAUCGUGAUCUGAAUUAUAUUCACUUUCCCAGUUCUGCAAUUUGUUCUUUGACUGUGAAUCUAUUUCUUUCCUCUGAUUUCGGCAACAAGAGUCGAAAAUGGAAUAGACUUUUUGGCCGACUUUCUGGUUCUCGAAGACUUGUUAGAUUUCAACUCCUUUCUCGUUACAUAGAUAUAGAUAUAGAUACAGAAAAACCAAGCUUCCUUUUGCAUACAACAAAGCUUUCUCUCUCAUGCACAAGAUGAAGAACGAACAAGAUGUAGAAAGACAGAAACUAAUUUCAUCUGUUAAGCUUAUAAAUUCUCAAGGAUAUCUUCACAAUCUCAUCAUAUACUUUCUUUUCUUUGGCUCUGGUUUAGUGAUUGGAAUUUCAUUAAGUUUUUAUCUCGAAGGCUUGCCCUUCGACUUGCCACUCAAGCAAUUCUCCAAUAUUGAAACGCCACCACCAUGUCCGCCGCCGCCUCCACCUCCACCUCCACCACCACCACCACCGCCUCCACCAUCUCUACCGCCUCCACAACCAAUUGCAGAUAGAAUUGGAUUGGAAGAAUUUCUAAAACCGCCACCAACUAUGCACGACAUGACGGAGGAAGAGCUUCUCUGGCGAGCUUCAAUGGUGCCGCGGCUACGUGAUUUUCCAUUCAAACGUACCCCAAAAGUUGCAUUCAUGUUCUUAGCCAGAGGGAUUCUGCCAUUGGCGCCUUUGUGGGAGAAAUUUUUCAAAGGAAAUGAAGGAUUUUAUUCAAUUUAUGUGCAUUUUUUGCCUUCUUUCAAUGGAACAAUACCAGAAGAUUCAGUAUUUCAUGGCCGGAGUAUUCCAAGUAAGGAAGUACAAUGGGGAGAAUUCAGCAUGGUAGAAGCAGAACGUCGCCUACUCGCCAAUGCUUUACUUGAUAUCUCAAACCAAAGAUUUGUUCUUCUGUCAGAGGCAUGCAUACCUUUGUUCAACUUCAAAACCAUCUACACUUACCUCAUCGACUCGAAAGACUCAUUCGUCGAAUCAUACGACCAGUGGGGCGCUGUUGGCCGUGGCCGAUACAACAAGCGGAUGAAGCCACUAGUCACAAUCGAGCAAUGGCGGAAGGGCGCCCAAUGGUUCGAGGUGGAUCGAGAUUUGGCCAUUGAAUUUGUCUCGGACCGAAAAUUCUUCCCAUUGUUCAAAAAAUACUGCAAGCCUGCAUGUUACUCAGAUGAGCAUUACUUGCCCACAUAUGUUGCCAUGAAAUUUCCAUGGAAAAAUUCCAACAGGACUUUGACUUGGGUUGACUGGUCAAAGGGUGGUCCCCAUCCAACUAAAUUUUUUAGAACAUCGGUUACAGUGGAUUUGUUAAACCAGAUGAGGGGUGAAAAGCAAUGCAUAUACAAUGGGAAGCCCACGAACAUUUGCUAUUUGUUUGCCAGGAAAUUUACCCGAAGUUCUUUAGAUAGGUUACUGAGGUUUGCUCCAACUGUCAUGAAUUUUGGUUGAUAUUUAAGAGUUAUAAUUAAAUAAAUUUACCAUUGAUUGAUGUAAUUUUUGGGGGGAGAAUUUGUGCAGAAAAGUCUUUUUCUUUAUUGAUUCACAAUAUAUUAUUGAAGAAUGUUUUUGGCCACUCUUGAAAUUUUUUUACUUUCUUCGUCUAGUCUUCGAC